AUGCUGUCAGCAUCUGCUACUACGUCCAAACCAGUGGCAGUGGCUACCGAUCCGUCAUCGACGACAACUGCUCCACAGAAAUUUAACAACAAGUUUAGCUUUGAGACGUUUGAUUCGCCCUUUCAUACGCCUUCACUGUUUGUUACCAAUGCGCCGAUGAAGAACACUGAUGUUUUCAAUACAUUCUACAGCAGCUCAGAUGUAUUCAGUCAUCAUGGUCAUUUUAACCAGCAUCCUAGCCUGCAUUAUGCAAAUCAGUUCUCGCCUGAAUUCUACAGCAUCAUGGCAGAUGUCGAAUCCUCAGGUACUCAAACGCCUUCUCCAAGAAUCGAGUCAUUGGCAACAACAGCAGCAGCGACCACAACAACCGCAAACACAAACACAGCAAGAGAUGAUCCUUUCAAAAUGGAACCUCCCUUCUUGUAUCACCCACAGCAUCAGAGAAAGAAUGAACAGUUUUUUCAGCCUACGUUUGACGAUUUAAACAUUCGAAAUCAACUGAUGGAAGCCAAUGAAGCAAUUCAGACGCUGGUCAAACAGAUGAACCAAAAGAAUCUGGAGAUUGAACGACAACGUGUGACAAUUUUCAACAUGCAAACAACACUGGCAAACAAAGAUCUAGAAUACAAAGAUCAAGAAGAACUCAUGUCAAAGAAACUGAACGAAAAGAUGUGCCAAUUGGCUCUGUAUCAAUCGUUUUUAAAGUCAAGGGGGUUUGAUCUGUCAUGUUUGAAUGAAGAAUAUUCCGAUGCCAGGCUAUGCGACUCGGCUGAAGACAUUCACACUGCAAGACGUGCUGUUUUGAUUGAAGCUGACAUGUCAAACUGCUUGUUGGAGAAGUCUUGCUCGUCUUCAUUGAGCUCUGUCUCUAAUCAUACCACAUCCGCCUUGGCCGCAUCCGAGAGAAAAAUUAACCCAAAUACAGCUGAAUAUCGUCGCAUGCUCGACAAGAAUGUGAAUAUCGACUGGAGCUUGCUCGUGGAUCGCAUCAUAAAGGAAACAGACCAGCAAGCAUCUAUUUUCAUGCAACAGAAGCUCAAAUGCGCCACCACAGAACAAAAACAGCUCAUCUUCAAGGCGACACUAGAGCAGGCAUACGAGCUCAUGACCAACCGAUUCGGGAAUUUCCUUAUCCAACGGCAGCUUGAGCUUGGCACACCUGAACAAAUCGAGGCAUUAGUUCAAAAGAUGAAAGGUCAUAUCUUGGAAUUGACAUGUGAACCAUUUGGCUGCCAUGUGGUACAACGGGCGUUAGACUGUGUUGAUGAGACGUCAAAGGCUAGUCUCGUGUCCGAAUUACUUGUGCGUAUUCCUGAAACAAUUACACACAAGUAUGCUUGUCAUGUGUGGCAAAAGGUUUUCGAGAUAAGGUGGCAGCACUCUCCCCCUCCCAUCAUGAAACGCAUUCACCAAGCACUGGAACAUCAAUGGGAUAGAGUCGCAUUGGACGAAACAGGCAGUUUAGUUAUUCAAAACAUAUUUGAAAACAUGACAGAAAGCGACAAGCGUCCUAUCCUGAAUGAAGUGCUCAACAACAUUGUGCCUAUUGCCAAAGGUCAGUGGGGCAACUGGGUCGUACAGCACGUACUGGAGCAUGCUGAAAAGAACGACGACCGCGAAAAGGCCUUUCAGUCCGUCAUUAAUGAGAGUGUCCAGCUUUCCAUGGAUCAAUUUGCCUCCAAAGUGGUUGAACGAGCACUCCGUAUUGGCGGCCAGCAAUUCAUGAAGAAGUUUAUCCAGUUCAUCUCUAGAAACAAUGCCAGCUGUCGUCCCCGAAUGGCUCUGAUUGACAUUGCAUCCGAUCAAUAUGGCAACUAUGUAGUCCAAUGGUUAAUUAACAAUGCAUGUGAAGAUCAAAAGGUGUUUAUUUGUCGAUUAAUCAAGCGCCAUAUGGUAUCUCUCCGUGGAUCAAAAUACGGCCAGCGCGUGGCUUUCCUGGUGGAUAAGGUUUUGCGAAACCACGAAAUUACCACAUAUCCUACCACCGACAGCAGUGCAUCUGGUUGA